CCGCGGUCAAGAGAUAGUGAAAUAAUCGCGCCUCGGGAAAUUGCUAUCCAGUGCAUGAGGUGAGGGGCUCCCUAUUCUUAUAUUCGAUGAUUGCCGCCAGCAAUUAGUCUCGUUAGAAUCGUACCCUCAUGUCUAUCCCUUGAAAGACCUCUGGGAGAGGGUCGGUCGCCUUUGUCGGAAACACAGUCCUACCGCGGGGCAGCAUACAACAGAACAGGCAUUAUCAGUACCCAGAAGGACUUUCAUAGGAGUUUGGUAUCUUGAUGGAGAACUCGCCAAAUAUAGGCGCAUCCCGGUUAUCCGGUGCCGCACGAAGGACAUUGGGCAUUUGCUUGCUCUUGAUCGUGGUUGUCUUGUGGACAGCCGGGAAUUUCCUGGCUAGUACUAUCUUCGCCGAUAAUACGUACUCGAAACCGUUCUUCGUGACCUACCUCAACACCUCUACGUUUACCCUCCCUCUGUUUACGAUAUUAUCUAGUCGGGUCUGGAGAUUGUUUCGCGCAGGCAAACUGUAUCAUAUCCAGUCGUUUGGGCAUCUGUUCCAGCGCCUUGAUACACACGACUGGGAUGCUGAGACGCAGCACAUACUUAGCCGAGAUGAGUCAAGGGAUCCCGAAGCGUGGAAUGCCACCGAGGUCGAUGCUGCAGCGAAAGAGCAUGGACCACAGAAGCUUGGGUUAAAGGCUACAGCUAAACUGAGCUUUGAGUUUUGUUUACUAUGGUUCCUUGCAAAUUACUUUGCACUGGCCUGUCUGCAGUAUACAACUGUGGGCAGCACAACCAUCUUGACGUCUACGAGCGGCGUGUGGACCCUCAUUUUCGGGGCCAUCAUUGGUGUCGAGAAAUUUACUCUCCGCAAACUCGCCGGGGUUGUCGCCUCCUUGGUCGGAAUAAUCCUAAUAUCUCGCGUGGAUCUAUCUUCUACAGACGGGCCUCCCGGAAUCGAUAACGGCGGCUCAUUCCCCUCCAAAACUGCGGGCGAGAUUGCUCUCGGGGAUGCCAUGGCUGCAUUUAGUGCCGUAAUGUACGGGAUAUACACGAUUGUCCUGAAGCGACAAGUCGGAGACGAGUCCCGAGUCAACAUGCAGCUGUUCUUCGGGCUCGUGGGUUUCUUCAACGUGAUCUUCCUUUGGCCCGGAUUCCUUGUUCUACAUUUUACUGGUAUCGAGACGUUUGCCUUGCCCGACACUGGCAGGGUUUGGACUAUCAUAUGGGUCAACUCGCUAUCAUCUCUCCUUUCUGAUAUCUGCUGGGCCUACGCAAUGCUCCUGACCACACCUUUAGUCGUCACAGUUGGACUCAGCUUGACUAUCCCGCUCUCGCUUGUAGGACAGAUCUUCCUACAAGGACAGUACGCAACAGCGCUGUACUGGGUCGGAGCCACGAUCGUGUUUCUCUCCUUUUUGAUCGUCAAUCAGGAAAGUCGCGAUACAAAUACCGAAGGGGACGUAUCCGCUGGAAGAUACAAUGUUCUUCCUUCCGAGGAGGUACACGAGUGAGGUUUAUGACUAUCGUUACCUCUUUCCUUAGACUGGAGUUAGAUGCACAUUGAAGUUUUACUGGUAUAGCACUAUUCAACUUGAAACAUUUGUUAUUCUAGUCUAUAUCCAGCCAGUAUUUUUCUUUUCUUUUCUUUUCUUUUCUUUUCUUUUUCUUUGUUUGGGGGGGGGGCUUUGACAAGUAUCUCCUCCGUAGUCCAUAUCUCGUGUCAAACUGCAGGUAGCCAUCACACGCCAUUAUUAGUUAACUAACUGUAUAACUAACUAGACUAGGUAACUACGUAGGUAGUUAGUUAGUUAACUAGUUAGUUAUAAAAGCCUAAUCAUAUAAUUGUGCAAAA